AUGGAGCGUUUUCCUAGUGUUUUAGUGUGGACUUUAGUGAUCUCGUUUGUGGAUUGUAUCAGUAUUGAUGGGCAAUUGACUGUGAUAAGAAAUGAUUGUUACGAAAGGAUGGCCAUAGGCGAAAAACUGAGUGCCAAACAAACUUACAAGACUUUGGCACAUAAUACAGUUUCAAAAUGCGAAAUGGAGUGCACCCAGGACAAGGAAAAAUGUAGAACUUAUAGUUUCGGUAUCGGACCCAAAGGAAACGCUUCCUGCCUUCUCGGACACAAUCCAGUGAAAGAAACUGCAGACCUUAAACCUAUUGGCACCAUCAGCGACACGGAUUAUGACCUUUAUAUCAAAAAAAUUGAUUGUCAAGUGGUUCUGGAACCCCCAAAACAUCCAACAAGUAGUUCUGAUAACAGAAACCCACCAGCUCAUUCAACACAUCAUGCUGUAAAUAGUAAUUAUGGCAAUUUACCAGCUCAAUCAAUGUACCAAGGAGCAGUACCAAAUUCUGGAUAUUUGUAUCAAAAACCAACUGAAACUAACCAUCAGGUUCAGCAUGUUCAGACUCAUUCAACAAAUCAUGCUGUAAAUUCUAAUUAUGGCAUUUCACCAGCUCAAUCAAUGUACCAAGGAGCAGUACCAAAUUCUGGAUAUUUGUAUCAAAAACCAGCUGAAACUAACCAUCAGGUUCAGCAUGUUCAGACAUUAGUAAGCAUCGCGUCUGGACCUCAGAGUGUUUUGCAUCCUGUUCAUGAUAUUCUUGUGUCUGGAGACUCUUAUCAACAUCAACAACCACCUGCUGCAGUUGCAGAAUAUGGUGACAGGCCCCCAUUUAGACCAACAGCUUUGAAUCAUCCAUAUGACGAUCAUAGGCCUCAACAAGAGGGAUACGAGACUACUUAUAGACCCAGCACUAUUUUUGAUAACUCUGCUUUGAGACCAAAUAAUUACAGACCAAAUACUGGGUCUGAUAAUGUUGACUUUUCUUAUAGGCCACAGUCUCAGCAUACUUAUGAUAAUCCUGGUUUAAGACCAGAGACUUCCUAUAGACCGAAUAAUGAUAAUUAUGCCAUAAGACCAUCAACAAAUACAAAUUUCCAAACGAGUUAUGGCCAGUCUAGCCAUAAUCAGUUUAACAAUGACCGGCCAGAUCCAACAUAUGGUAGACCACAAAAUCUUCCAGAAACUGGCUACGGAAAUGGCGGCACUCGGAUAUCAAUCGACAGACGAAAAUAUGAAUCUUACAGUUCGUACGCUCAAUUUGAACAUCAUAGUCCUAACUACAAUUACUAUGACCACUAUGAUAGGCCUGAUCCAAAAUAUCCUAAUAGAUACGGAUCGGUUAUACCGCAUCCGGAUGAUUAUGACAGGCACGAUUCGCACUAUGAUUAUUUAUUUGUGAGGCCUAAUGCGGAACCGACUUAUCCUGGAAGUGAUUACGACAGCCAGAGACCAGUGAAGAUUGGGCAUAGUAGGCCUUAUGGCAUGCAACGACCUUAUGGGUCGGAUGAUGGGAAAAAGUCUGGAUAUGAAAGACCAUACAAACCUUCAAAAAAUCCUACAACGUCUAGUUCCAAACCUCCUUCCACUGAGCUCACUAAUCACUAUAAUAGUAUGGAUUAUCAUAAACAAUAUGGUAAGCCUGGGAGUUAUAGUAAUACCAAAGGAAGUGACAAGGGCCAGGCGAUUGUCACUGAAAGUGUUGGCUAUCAUGGAGAAAAGAUAACUUCUAUUAUUACACCGUUGAAAAAUGAUCGGCUCCCCACAUUCUCACCUAUGUCUUCUCCCGACGACGACAUCACUCUGCAAGAAAUUCGAAAAGCAAUAAGACAAAUGAAAAACCAAAAAUCACCCGGAAUCUACGGUAUUCCAGCGGAAUUUUUUAAGGCUCUUGGUGAUGAUAUCACUUAA